UCUCAAACACUUUAUCCCCCCCCCCCCAGUUUGUCCUGUUUUCACAGAGCCAUGGAUCUCACGGCAGAGUGUCAUUGAAGCCACUAACAACAUUUUCUGUUACUUUUUAAUCAGUCUGAAGUGUUCUAAGUUUUCUUCCAAGUUAAUUGCUCUGACUUUGAUUGCCACGGUGUCCAGAUUUGUUCGACAUAAGACAUUCAGAAACGAGAUGAGGAUACUAUUCAUCAGCUUUGCCAUCUUCUGUCUGUGGCUUCUACCAACGGUGCAGGAGGGGGAUGCUGGGAAGACCUUGGACUAUCUGAACCUUGACCCAAAUGUUGACAACACCUCACAGCCCCUUACCUAUGAAAUAGGAAGGAGGGGGGAAGAAGGAAACCUUGGAGCUGUAAUGAAAGUCAAACAUGUAUCCACCAAGCGUAAGGCCUCCAGCUAUAGCUCUCUUGGCCCAUAUGGCUGGUCACAGAACCUCUCCCUCCCCUUGGAUCAGUCACAGUUUCGCUCCAAAUCCAAGCCGCCCAUAAAAACACCUGUCAAGGUCAAGAAGACCUUUGGCUGGGGCAACUUCUACCUCAACAUCAAAACCAUCAAGUUCAGCCUGCUGGUGACGGGUAAGAUAGUGGACCACAUCAACGGCACCUUCAGUGUGUACUUCCGCCACAACUCAUCCCGCCUGGGGAAUAUCUCGGUGAGCAUCGUUCCUCCCUCCAAAGCCGUGGAAUGGGAGGAUGUGGGACGCCCGAAACUCCAGUUCCAGAGUCAGCCGCAGUCCACCCCCAAUGAGCACCAGCAGGAGAUGAAGGCCCUCAACUGCGUGGUGGAGUACCAGAGGACCAACAGAGCCAAGAAAACAAAGCCAUGCCUCUACGAUCCCUCCCAGACCUGCUACUCAGAACACACCCAGUCUCACGCCGCUUGGAUCUGUGCCAAGCCCUUCAAGGUCAUCUGUGUAUUCAUCUUUUUUCUCAGCACCGACUACAAACUGGCACAGAAGGUCUGUCCAGACUACAACUUCCAGGCUGAUCUUCAGCACUUUGGAAGACGAGGAUAGUGGAUGAACUAGGCGGGUUAUUAAAGUAUGUUUUUCUUCAUCUCCUAUAUCACUGGAGAAAGGGAUUUGUUUUGAACACGUCAUGAUGAACCUCUUGGGGGGCCCAACACAGACAUUCAGAUGGAGAGAUUUGCUUGGUAGAAUGGAAGUCAUCAGCACCUGGAUAAUAUUUUGAUAAUACACCACUGAAGGGUAGAAGAUUUGCAGAGGAUCAAGUAGUGGUUGUUAUUGGGAACAAGUGUGAUAUUUAGUCAUUUUGCAAACUGUAUUUGGGGUCAAAUAUUGACUUGGUUGGAGUGAUGCUCCAUGUGCAUGUCAAACCAGCUGGUAUUAGCACAACAAUAAUUCCUGCUUUUUUACUACUGUAAAUAUGUUUGUGUGAAUUGUCUGCUUUUUUUAUCACACAUUGCCCAUCUGUGAUGGCCCUUACAUGAACCUUUUCACUAUUCAUUUGGGGACAUAUUGCAACCAAGGCAACACAUCUACACAAAGAAAAUGCCACCCUAACCAAUUGCUUAAUGUCUGUGAGUUAAGUGGACUUCAAAAGGAAAAUAAUUUGAGCUAACAUUGAAGUUUGUUUUAGCUGAAUUUCAACAAGCUUGUUGAGUAAAUUGCAAAUGUAUGUUUGCUCAAAACCACUUAAAAUCACACUCAUCGUUAUCACAUUUCCCAGAGUGCUCUAUUGCAGGGUGAUUUUCAGAAUUGUUUGCUUCAAUACCUGUGUUGUUUGUACAUUGACUGGUGGAUUAAUCGUAUACUAUACAAACAUAAAUACCAUACUUUUUUCCAAUCUAAUCCAACUUGUUAGUAGUUGGGUUUAUUACACCCGUUACUGAGAUGUUAAUCUUAUAUAUACACUAUAUAUACACUGAACAAAAAUAUGAAAGCAACAUGUAAAGGGUUGGUCCCAUAUUUCACAAGCUGAAAUAAAAUAUCCCAGAAAUGUUCCAUAUGAACAAAAACAUUAUUUCUCUCAAAUUUUGUGCACACAUUUGUUUUCAUCCCUGUUAUUAAGCAUUUUUCUUUUGCCAAGAUAAUCCAUCCACCUGACAGGUGUGGCAUAUCAAGAAGCUGAUUAAACAGCAUGAUCAGUACACAGGUGAACCUUGUGCUGGGGACAAUAAAAGGCCACACUAAAAUGUGCAGUUUUGUCACACAACACAAUGCCACAGAUGUCUCAAGUUUUGAGUUAGUGUGCAAGUGGCAUGCUGACUGCAGGCAUGUCCAUCCGAGUAUUUAUGUAUUUUUAUGGAACACGUCAAUAGGUGGUAGACUUUCUAGCUCAGUAAGCGUCAUUAAAAUGAUUAAUCCAAAGAUAAUUGAGGAACAUCAUUCCCUUUCUAUUUAAGCCUGAAAAUAAUUGAGGUGGAAUGUUGCCAGUUCCAAUUUGAAGAAAAGAGACAUAUUAUGUCACUGCAAUGAGUUUAUCUAUUUCCUAAUCUUGAUCACUGAUCACGAAAUCGCCAAGAACUCCUUCAAUGUCGUUUUUCUAAAUCACAAGUGUGUGUGUGCGUGCGUGCGUGCAUGUGUGUUGCUCUUGGUUGCUCUUAAUUGUAUUUUUAGGAUCAUGUGGAAACUGAUCAAUAGAUUUCUGCAUGGCUACCACAGCAUUCUGCAGCGAUACGCAAUCUCAACUGAUUUGCGCUUAGUGGGACUGUCAUUUGCUUUUCAACAGGACAUUGACCCAGAUCACACGUCCAGGCUGUGUAAGGGCUAUUUGACUAAGAAGGAGAGUGAUGGAGUGCUGCAUCAGAUGACCUGGCAUCCACCAUCACCCGACCUCAACCCAAUUGAGAUGGUUUUUGGAUGAGUUGGACCGCAGUGUGAAGGAAAAGCAGCCAACAAGUGCUCAGCAUAUGUGGGAGCUUCUUCAAGACGGUUGGAAAAGCAUUCCUCAUUAAGUUGGUUGAGAGAAUGCCAAGAGUGUGCAAAGCUGUCUUCAAGGCAAAGGGUGGCUACUUUGAAGAAUCUAAAAGAUAAAAUAUAUUUAGAUUUGUUUAACACGUUAUGUGUUACCUCGUAAUUCCAUAUGUGUUAUUUCAUAGUUUUGAUGUCUUCUUCUACAAUGUAGAAAAUAUUAAAAAUAAAGAAAAACCCUUGAAUGAGUAGUUGUGUCGAAACUUUUGACUGGUACUGUAUACAAACUCAGCAAAAAAAAGAAACGUCGCUUUUUCAGGACCACGUGUAACACCUGCACAGGAUCGGUACAUCCGAACAUCACACCUGCGGGACAGGUACAGGAUGGCAACAACAACUGCCCGAGUUACACCAGGAACGCACCAUCCCUCCAUCAGUGCUCAGACUGUCUGCAAUAGGCUGAGAGAGGCUGGACUGGGGGCUUGUAGGGCUGUUGUAAGGCAGGUCCACACCCCCACAUCACCGGCAACAGCGUCGCCUAUGGGCACAAACCCACCUUCGCUGGACCAGACAGGACUGGCAAAGAGUGCUCUUCACUGACGAGUCGCGGUUUUGUCUAACCAGGGGUGAUGGUCGGAUUAGCGUUUAUCGUCGAAUGAAUGAGCGUUAACCGAGGCCUGUACUCUGGAGCGGGAUCGAUUUGGAGGUGGAGGGUCCGUCAUGGUCUGGGGCGGUGUGUCACAGCAUCAUCGGACUGAGCUUGUUGUCAUUGCAGGCAAUCUCAACGCUGUGCGUUACAGGGAAGACAUCCUCCUCCCUCAUUAGGUACCCUUCCUGCAGGCUCAUCCUGACAUGACCCUCCAGCAUGACUAUGCCACCCGCCAUACUGCACAUUCUGUGCGUGAUUUCCUGCAAGACAGGAAUGUCAGUGUUCUGCCCUGGCCAGCGAAGAGCCCAGAUCUCAAUCCCAUCGAGCACGUCUGGGACCUGUUGGAUCGGAGGGUGAGGGCUAGGGCCAUUCUCCCCAGAAAUGUCCGGGAAUUUGCAGUUGCCUUGGUGGAAGAGUGAGGUAACAUCUCACAGCAAGAACUGGCAAAUCUGAUGCAGUCCAUGAGGAGGAGACGUACUGCAGUAGUUAAUGCAGCUGGUGGCCACACCAGAUAAUGACUGUUACUUUUGGUUUUGACCCCUCCUUUGUUCAGGGACACAUUAUUCCAUUAUGUUAGUCACAUGUCUGUGGAACUUGUUCAGUUUAUGUCUCAGUUGUUGAAUCUUGUUAUGUUCAUACAAAUAUUUACACAUGUUAAGUUUGCUGAAAAUAAAUGCAGUUGAGAGUGA